AUGAUGGUGGUUCUAGUGAAAGGGGCAGGCCCUCCAUUUGAAGCGGUAGCAUUCUUUCCGUGGGGGGCACAAGAUCUAGCCGCUUUAUGGGGAGGAGAAUAUAAUAAGGAACCAUACACUUAUUACUGGGCUGCAACAAUCUCUAGCUACAAACCAGUGUUUGCCGCCGCAAGUAAAACUCACGCAUGCAUUUUCUCCUCACAAAAUCCUGCCAUACAACCAUUAGACUUGAGACUGUCACAGGUACAAUCCGCAGAUGGAUGGCCAACCCAGAUUGCUUGGGCCCUUCAUCCGACAUCGUUUUCGCCUUUUCUUCUCAUUGCGGUUGACAGGAAAGUGUUGAUAAUAGAUGCGAAGACUGGAUCAGUCGUAGGCUUACUACGAGGCCAUGGCGGCACCAUCACCUUCAUCGCUGUCCACCCGACGUCUCCUCAUAUAUUCUGCACGACAUCCAAGGAUUUUACAACAAGGAUAUACGAUCUAACUCGAUUGGCUACGGAACCGUCCACGAACCUUCACUGGGCCCCAGAUCCCCGCCCCAGCGGUGCUGGUCUGCCGUUUGGGCUUCGGGCUGCUGAGCCUGAGGGACGUGGUCAAGGUCUCUGCAUUACUGUACUCGUCGGAGGGAAAUCAGGAGGACAUAGGGCCGCAGUCCUCGGGGCCGCAUUCCAUCCUGUCCUUCCAGUGUUAGCCACCUGCGGAACCGAUCGGGCCCUCAAAAUCUGGUAUGUCCGCCCGCAGAAUACAAAAACAUUGGUCCGCGAAGACAAGCCGCUCUUCAGUACGACCAAGGUACAUCAAGCCAGCAUUGGAUCUCUCGUAUGGCUAGGUCGUGAACACCUUCUUUCUCACUGUGCAACACCUGUAUUUCGGGCAUGCGAGGGCGAGGAGACGAUCCUAAAAACCGGCAAAGGGACCCUCGUAAUCUGGGAGUGGCUGGCCAUGGAUCGUUUCUUCCCUCCCGAACAUGCUGACUCCUGGCAGGACGUCCUCCGUGGAUCUGCAUCUGUACCGUCGCUCAAAGUUAUCGCCGAAUAUGCAUUUGAACAACAACUAAAACCAAAUGUUAUACCCCGCAUCCACUCGUGCUUCAGCGGGGAGCCCCAGAUCUCGUACACAUAUCCCGGGUCCCAUGCCAUCCAGGUCGUAGGGCUGGCAAGCGCCAGGCCUCGCAAGAAGCCCACGAUCUCCGACCAAGGCAAGUUGGCUCCACCAGACCAGGAUGCCCUGCAACGUCACCUUAACAUCGAGCCGCUGGCGAACCUCGGAUGCAUACAACUUUCAAUACCGCCGGAGGAAGGUUCAUUUCAUGCGUGCGCCAUGAACCCCGACGGUGACGUUGUAGCGGGCGCUGGGUGUGCUGGGUCAGAGGCCGCAAUUUGGGUGUGGUACAAACGUUCAUUGUGA